AUGCGUACAUGAAAGAUUGAAGGACCAAGCUCUCUCUCUCUCUCUCACACACCCAGAUAUGUCAUAUAUGAGCUAAUAUAAACCUCUUCAUACUAAAUGACUCUUCUUUGUCCGCUUGGCUUUCCUCUGGUUUUAGAAACCUCGUUCUUUUUCCUGCCGACCCAAUUAACCUGUUUAACUCUGCAGUAAUUUUUUUUUUCUCCAUUUGAAUAUGUAUUAGAACUCUUUGAUUGGAUCGGAUUAUUGGAUUUGAAUUGUAGGAAAGAAAAAAGAUUUGGUCGUGAAUCUUUCUGGGCACCGACAAAGUUCUGAUCUUCAGAUAGGUUUCCAAAAAAAAAAAAGGUUGGGUUCCGUUUGAAAUGGUCUAUUUCCAUAGCUCAAUCUCGGUCUGCAAGUCCGUUGACCAACCAUCUUCCAUGCCGGUUUCGAUGAGUUUAUCCGACCAAGGUGCAAAAUCCAAGCAGCAUAAUCAUGUUCACAGAAGCAAAAAGAUGCCCAGCUCUCCCAAUUGCCCGAAAAGUACUGUCUGCGAACGAUCUCGAUCGGCCGUAAUCGAUGUUGUAAUCUUGAUUGCUGUAAUUGGUGCUUGUGGGUUUUUGCUGUUCCCUUAUAUCAAGUUUUUAUUCGUUAAGGCCAUGGAAAUUGUUCCGGUAAUAAUUUAUGUGGUGAAAGAGGAAUUUUCUCGUGCUCCUUUGGUUUAUGGAUCUGUAGGAAUCAGCAUUUGCUGUGCUACAUUGGCUGCGUGGGGUGUGCUGGCAUGUAUGACUAGGAAAUGUGGGAAUCCAAGCUGUAAGGGCCUUCGAAAGGCGGCUGAAUUUGAUAUUCAGUUAGAAACAGAGGACUGUGUGAAGAAUUCAUCUUCUUCUGUGAAAGAUGGAGUGAAGAAGGGUCUUUUUGAAUUGCCUCGCGAUCACCACCGUGAAUUGGAGGCAGAGCUUAAGAAGAUGGCACCACCUAAUGGAAGAGCGGUGCUGGUUUUCCGGGCAAGGUGUGGAUGUUCUGUUGGUAGAUUGGAAGUUCCGGGACCAAAGAAACAUAGUAGAAAGAUCAAGAAGUAGAAUUGUUAUUUUUAUCAUUUUCUUUUUUCAUUUAUGUGAUUUUAUAAAUCAUAGGAAGAUAAAACAUGAAUACAGGAGUAGUCAUAAUGCAGAGAGAAAUGCCUUUCUGUUAUCAAUCUUCUUGGAACUAUGUUGUUGUCUUUAAAUAAGCUAGCCGCAUUGGAAUAAUUUGUAAGGACUAUAUACAGUUGUUUAUAGUGGGGAAUAUAAAAAGUCCCUUAUUAAUUUACUUA